UAACAACUGUUGAUCACCUCGGCAUCAGAAUCAUUGCCCCCUCUCUCUUUCUCACUGGAAGCAAACUUUGCUCACUCGCCAUUACUUACACACUGCCAAACUUUAACAGUGUCAUCCCGCGCCCCCUCCAUUUGUUCCAUUCAAACUGUUUUCUUGUUCCGUUGCCAAGCCCGACGCAGUUCACGAUGCCCACUACGCUCCCCGGCACAACCGUCAUCGUGACCGGCUCCGGCGGCGGCCUCGGCAAGGCCAUCGCCGAGGCCUACCUCGCCACGGGCGCCAACGUCGUCAUCGCCGACAUCGAUGAGGCCCGCGUCAACGCCGUCGCCUCGGAGCACCGCGACACCUAUGCCGGCCGCCUGCACACUGCUGUCGUCGAUGUCACCUCCGAGGCCUCGGUCGAGGCCCUCGUCAGUGGCGCCGUCGAGCGCUUCGGCCGCCUCGACGUCGUCGUCAACAACGCCGGCGUCAUGGACCGCUUCGACCCAGCCGGCGACUGCGCCAAGGACACCUGGGACCGCGUCCUCGCUGUCAACCUCACAGGGCCCUUUCUCACCACCAAGUUCGCCGUCAACCAGUUCCUGAACCAGGGCCCUGCCGGCGCCGGCGGCGGGCCCCGCGGCCUCAUCAUCAACGUCGGCUCCAACGCGAGUUACCGCGGCAUGACCUCGGGCGUCGCCUACACGGCCUCCAAGCACGGCGUCGUCGCCCUCACCAAGAACUCGGCGGGCUUUUACGGCGAUAAGGGCAUCUACUCGGUCGCCCUGCUGGUCGGGCCCAUGGACACGACCAACAUCAUGGACGCCUUCGCCGGGGGCGUCAACCAGCCCGCCAUGGAAAAGGUCACGGCCGCCAUGCCCGAGUACAAGCGCGGCGAGACGGGGCUGGACCCGGCCGCCGUCGCCAAGUACUGCGUUUUCCUGACGGACAAGGACAUUGCGUCGUCAGCCAACGGGAGCUGCGUCGUGCUGAACCGGAACUGGCCAUUCGCUUAGUCUGGUUAUGGGAGAUGCCCCCCCUCCCCUCUUUUUGUUAUGUUUAUGGGCAGCCGAUUCAAAAGUGAGACAGAGGACGAGACGAGGCGUUCAUGGGGCAGUGGAAUAACAAGAGACGCAAGAUAGGAUGUCAUGUCAUGAUCAAUGUUACGAUUGUUUGUAUACCAGCACUUGCGUCGGUUGUCUGUUUUCCUGACUGUCAACUUUGAGAGAGUGAGAAAGGAAAAGUGACGCAGGGCCAAUUAACAACAGCUUUUGGCCAGACCUAGCGGAAUGUAACAGGCCGUGCUUGGCACUCAUGAUGAGCUUAUUGAUUGCGUCGACGGAGAAUAUCAAUGUCAUUCUUUCAUUUUCGCUG